GUGAGAUACAACAGACUGACAGAGACAGAAGAGUAGACAGAGAGACAGAGGACUGAAGGAGAAGAAGUCGAAGACAAGAGAAGGAAGCUACAGAGGAAACUACGUCACUACAACAGCUGUAUGUCUCUGUUCAUCGUGUCAGUGGUCCUGGUUGUUCUGUGUGUUUUGUGUCGUUCUUUGAUUCCCUGGUUGGUUCAGUCCAACUCCACUCUGGCCCUGUUGUGGUAUGACGUCGUGCUGGAGAUGAUGCUCAACCUCCUGACUGGAACAACACGACCUCAGCGCUUACUUCAGGCCGUCAGCAUAAAUGCAGUCAGAGGUGACCCAGAUAGCGUCAUCAAGGCCAUCGAUCACUUCUGUAAACACUCGGAAUGGGCCAUGAAUGUGGGGGACGAGAAAGGAGCCAUUUUGGACAUGGUUGUCAUGGAAACCUCUCCCUCCACAGUGCUGGAGUUGGGGACAUACUGUGGGUACUCUACUGUCCGCAUCACCAGGUUGUUGCCCCCGGCAACAAAGCUGAUCACUGUGGAGAUGAACCCAGAGUAUGCUCAUGUGGCGCGACAGGUCAUCCAACACGCAGGACUGCAGGACAAGGUGUGCGUGCUGGUAGGUGAGUCGGCCGACCUGAUUCCCAAGAUGUCCGACAUGUUCGGAAUCCAGUCGUUUGACUUUGUUUUCCUCGACCACUGGAAGGAACGCUACCUGCCUGACAUCAAACUGCUGGAGGAUUGUGGUCUGCUGGCUCGGGGCUCGGUGGUCCUGGCUGAUAACGUGGUCUGCCCCGGAGCUCCAGACUACCUGAAUUAUGUCAGAUCCAACCUGAAGUACAGCAGCAGGUUCUACCAGGCUCACCUGGAGUACACCAGAGUCCUGGACGGGUUGGAGAGGUCUGAGUACCAGGGACACUGAGAGGUAGCGAGACAGAGGGACAGACAGACAGACAGACAGACAGACAGACAGACAGACAGACUGAAUCAUCUAUAAAAUGCUGGAUGAGGUAACAAACGUUUCUCUUAAAUAUGUCAAAGGCGGCAGAUUGUUCCCUCAUGCAGACGACUGUAUGAUGUUGACAUCAUUAGAUUAUAUCAGGCUGCAGGCAGAUGUCUGUAUGCUGAUGGUCUUAGACUCCAUGUUAACACAGACUUACGUGUCAUUUCCUUUAAGACAAAGAGCUGAAAACUGUUUCACUGCAGGUCUGAACUCUGUUUGUGAAGGAUGUCCUCCUGUUGGUCGUGUGCAGUCUGGCUGAAUGUUCUGUGUAUCUGUUUGGACCAAAGCUUCUGAUUACUAUAAUGUCAUGGAAGUGUGAGAGGAUGCUGCU